AGACGACGAUGGACAAGGCUUUGGUGCUGUCGCUGUGGUUCUGGUCUCAGCUGUCCGCCGUCGGCCAAGAAACGCCUGCCUGCGCAUCGUAUCGCGAGAAGCGGCCGACGCACACCACCUGCUCCGCGGUACGCAAAGAUUUCAAAAUAACCAGCGGCGAGGUAGACCUCCGUAUAUAUGACAUCCUGUCGGCGCACAACCACUACCGCAGCCAGCUGGCACUAGGACAACUCGCCGACUUCCCUCCGGCAGCCAACAUGGUCGAGCUGCGCUGGGACAAAGAGAUGAGCGACGUGGCCCUGGCGCUAGCCAGGCAGGGAACCGACGAGACCGGCGUGGCCAGGCACGAUCUCGUGGAAGACCGAUUCACGUACGGCUUCCUCAGGACCGGCCAGAACGUGCUCACGGACCGCUCGCGGGUCUGGCUGCCGUCCACGAAGUGGCACGAGGUGAUAAAGGGCUGGUUCGAUCAGAACCUGCACUACGAUGUCGCCAAGGUUGGCGCCUACGAGGAGACGUCGCCGUCGAGCGACGCGUUCGCGCAGAUCGCCUGGGCAGCCACGUUGGCCGUUGGCUGCGGCUACGCUCAAGGGGAAAUGACCACGCUCUCUACCGAGCCCAAGAGACUGGUCGUCUACGUGUGCAACUACGGGCCGGCCGGCAACGAGCUGAACAAGUCCAUCUACCUGGAGGGCCCGGCGUGCUCGCGCUGUCCUCGCAACACGCGUUGCAACCAGUCGACGGGCCUCUGCACGCUUCUCGACGGGGUAUGGCCACUUGACUUCAGGGGCCAUGAGGAGCCACCUCCUCAGCCACCAAAAAUGCUGCCGACGUCUUCAACCCCGGCAGCGUCGAGCGCGCCCCCGACCUUGACAACCCGUUUAAUGGCGGCAGGGAUAACAAGUGCCGCGGCGCUUGUAAUGGCAGCGGCAGUUCGAGAAUCGGGGGCGCUUGGCGAUCACGCCUGUCACUUUUGCCGCCUACUGCUGACUAUUAUUGCCUCGGUGACUGAAUCACGAAAUGGAGAAUAAAGCUACUUUGCGACUAUUAUUUUUUUAGGAACCUGAACAGAACGACGCAGCACGCUGCACUUUCA